AUGGAGUUAAAGCUGUACAACACCAUGACUCAACAGAAGGAAGUUUUCAAACCGAUCAAACCUGGGAAAGUCGGAUUGUAUGUCUGUGGAAUCACAGCUUACGAUUUCAGCCACAUCGGCCAUGGGCGCGCCACCGUUCCCUUCGACGUUCUUGUCAGAUUCUUGAAGUAUUUGGGUUAUGAAGUUACAUACGUCCGGAAUUUCACAGAUGUUGAUGACAAGAUAAUCACACGCGCUGAAAAGAAUAACGAGGAACCAUUAGAGUUGAGUAAGCGCUUUUGCAACGAGUUUUUGGUCGACAUGGAUGCUCUUCAGUGCCUCCGUCCCACCGAACAGCCUCGUGUCAGUGAUCAUAUGGAUGACAUUAUUAACAUGAUUCAAAAGAUCAUUGAGAAUGGUUAUGGAUAUGCUGUGGAAGGAGGCGAUGUGUUCUUCUCUGUUGACAAAUCACCAAACUAUGGUAAGUUGUCUGGUCAGCGGCUGGAACAUACACGGGCUGGUGAGCGAGUUGCGGUUGAUUCCAGAAAGCGUAACCCUGCUGAUUUUGCAUUAUGGAAGGCUGUAAAACCUAAGGAGCCGAGUUGGGAGAGUCCGUGGGGUCAAGGAAGACCAGGAUGGCACAUAGAGUGCAGUGCCAUGAGUGCUCGCUAUCUAUCCCCAAGAUUUGACAUUCAUGGUGGUGGUGCAGAUUUGAUAUUCCCACACCAUGAAAAUGAGCUUGCUCAGACAUGUGCUGCAUGUGAGCAUGGUGGUGUUAAUUACUGGUUGCAUAAUGGCCAUCUCACUAUCAAUGACGAGAAGAUGGCUAAAUCAAAGGGAAACUUCAAAACAAUCAGAGAUAUCACAGAAAGUUAUCAUCCUUUGGCUCUGAGGCAUUUUUUGAUUAGUGCACAUUACCGGUCUCCUCUGAGCUUCUCACCAUCGAAGCUAGACAGUUCCUCUGAACUCUUGUAUUAUGUUUUUCAGACAUUGCAAGAUCUUGAUGAUGCUCUCUUGCCAUAUCAAGAGGCAAUGUCUGAAGAUGGUGGAAAAGCUGAACCGACAGCAGAAGCCAAAGACAUUAUUACCAAACUCAAAAGUGAAUUUGAUGCAAAAAUGUUAGACGAUUUGAAUACUGCCCAUAUACUAGAAGGUGCUUACAAAGAUGCAUUGAAGUUCAUCAACGAUUCCAUCGGCAAGCUUAAGAAAAUGCAGAAGACACAGAGGAUGUCACUGCUUGUGUCACUUGUUGAGAUUGAGAAAGCAGCAAAGACAGUUCUUGAAGUGCUUGGUUUCACCACUACACUGAGCUAUACCGAGAUUUUGAAAGAGAUGAGACAAAAAGCACUAACAAGAGCAAAAUUGAGCGAAGAAGAGCUUUCAAAAAUAAUAGAAGAAAGGACAAUGGCACGGAAGAACAAAGAGUUUAAGAAAAGUGAUGACAUUAGAGCACAACUGACAGUUAAAGGAAUAGCUUUAAUGGAUGUUGGCAAAGAAACUGAGUGGAGGCCAUGCGUACCUUUAGUGCCGGCUUAAAACUAUAUUGGACCCUUUGACAGAAGCUUUUUUUAUUGAACAAUAAUAUCAAUUGUGUAACUAUAUGUUACUUUGGAUAUUUUCUCUAAUUUUUCACAGUUACAAAUAUAUUUAUCUAAGAUCUAUGAUUUAAGUUUUCC